AUUAUUUAGUACAUAAAUCAAUUUGUAAAAACUAGGAAAACAUAUUUCAAUUUCUCAGCCAUGCCUAAGAAGACAGGAAGUAAGAAAAAUCAAGAUUUCCCGGAUGAUGUGAGUGAAACUGCCAGCUCGGUGUCGGACGUAACCUCAACAAAAUCCACAAAAGGGAAAAAAGGUACGAAGAAAGGGAAGAAAAAUGACGAUUGGAGUGAUGAGGAGAGGAAGGUUGAUCCCCUUCCGGAGCCCUCAGACGAUGAAGAUGUGGGAAUUGCCAAGAAGAAGGCAAAAGGGAAGAAGGGAAAGCCGAAAGAAGGUGACAACGUGGAAGUAAAAGCAGAAACGUCACGAAAGAAAAAGAAGGGAAAGAAGGAUGAUGACUGGUCCGGGGAUGAUGAGAAAGAUGUUGAAUUGAAAAUAGACUCUGAGGAUGAGGAGGAGGAAGUUGUUGUUGCACCUGUUAAAGGAAAAGCCGCCAAGAAGGGAAAGAAAACAAAGGCAAAGGAUGUGAUUGAAUCUGAGGAAGAAAAUAGUCCAGAAGAUGUGGAAGAACCUGAAGAGGAACUUCCACAAGAAGAAGAACUUCCUGCGGAUACUCCUGAAGAUACUCCCGCGGAUGCCCCGCAGGAGGAUGAUAAAGAAGAACCCCAAACAGAGGAUUUGGCCGAAAGUGUGGAAAAGCUGGAAAUCUCCGCUCCGGCAGAGAAGAAAUUGACGCACAAAGAGAAGAAAAAGCUGAAGAAGCAGCAAGAAUACGAACGUCAAGUGGAAGCAAUGACACGGAAAGGUGGUCAGGGUGCUUCGGAUCUCGAUAGUAACUUCACCAUGUCCCAGGCACACAAGACAGGCGGCCAGAAGGCUGCCAUGGAGCAUGCGGUUGACAUUAAAAUUGAAAAUUUCACCAUUUCCGCCAAAGGGAAUGACCUGUUCGUCAAUGCGAAUCUCCUCAUUGCCCAUGGGAGGCGCUACGGGCUCGUGGGGCCCAAUGGACAUGGCAAAACAACCCUUUUGAGGCAUCUCGCCUCCCGCGCUUUCGCCAUCCCGCCAAACAUUGAUGUCCUUCUGUGCGAACAGGAAGUUGUUGCUGAUGAAAAUUCCGCAGUGGAAACCAUCCUCAAGGCGGACACAAAACGUCUCAAUCUCCUGCAGGAAUGCAAAGAACUCGAGGCAAAGAUUGAAGACGGGGAUUUCGAUGCGCAAGAUCGUCUCAAUGAGGUGUAUGCGGAGCUAAAAGCCAUCGGGGCGGAUUCAGCUGAACCACGUGCCCGGAGAAUCCUUGCUGGUUUGGGAUUCUCCAAAGAGAUGCAAGAUAGGCCAACAAAUAAAUUCUCCGGCGGUUGGCGAAUGCGUGUCUCCCUCGCGCGUGCCCUCUACAUGGAACCCACGCUCCUUCUCCUUGACGAACCGACGAAUCAUUUGGACUUGAAUGCUGUCAUUUGGUUGGAUAACUACUUGCAGGGCUGGAAGAAGACACUUCUUGUUGUUUCUCACGACCAGAGUUUCUUGGAUAAUGUUUGCAAUGAAAUUAUUCAUUUGGAUUGCAAAAAGUUGCACUACUACAAGGGGAAUUACUCAAUGUUCAAGAAGAUGCACGUGCAGAAGAAGAAGGAAAUGGUGAAGGAGUAUGAGAAGCAGGAGAAGCGCCUGAAGGAGCUGAAGACACGCGGGCAGAGCACGAAGGCGGCGGAGAAGAAGCAAAAGGAGACAAUGACGCGGAAACAGGAGAAAAAUCGCGGGAAGGUGCAGAAGAAUGAGGAUGAGGAUCAACCGGUGGAGUUGCUGACAAAGCCACGAGAUUACAUUGUGAAGUUUCGCUUCCCGGACCCGCCGCCGUUGCAGCCGCCCAUCUUGGGGUUGCACAAUUGCACCUUCAACUUCCCCGGGCAUAAGCCGUUGUUUGUAAAUACGGAAUUUGGCAUUGAUUUGAAUAGUCGCAUUGCCAUUGUGGGCCCCAAUGGGGUGGGUAAGUCCACUUUCCUGAAGCUCCUCUGUGGGGAUUUGGAACCCGUCAAGGGGGAAGCGCGGAAGAAUCAUCGGCUGCGCAUUGGGCGCUUCGAUCAGCAUUCGGGGGAACAUCUAACGGCCGAAGAGAGUGCCGCUGAGUACCUGCAGCGUCUCUUCAAUCUCCCCCAUGAAAAGGCGCGUAAAGCGCUGGGAACCUUUGGACUCGUCAGUCAUGCGCACACCAUCAAGAUGAAGGAUUUGUCGGGUGGACAGAAGGCACGUGUGGCUCUUGCGGAGCUCUGUCUCAGUGCUCCGGAUGUCCUUGUCCUGGACGAACCGACCAAUAAUCUCGACAUUGAGUCCAUUGAUGCCCUCGCGGAGGCAAUUAACGAAUACAACGGCGGCGUCAUCAUUGUCACGCACGAUGAACGUCUUAUCCGUGAAACUGAUUGCAGCCUCUACGUCAUUGAAGAUCAAACUAUCAAUGAGAUCGAUGGGGACUUUGAUGACUACCGCAAGGAAGUCUUGGAUGCCCUCGGGGAGAUUGUCAACAAUCCCAGCGUUGUGGCAAAUGCAGCAGUUCUCGAGUAAAAACUCUUCAUUUCUUUGUUCUUUCCAAAUAAAAUCAUUUAUAUUUCAAAUAA